AUGGCGCCCGCCGCCCGCCGCGCCCCUUCCGCCCGCCGCUACCACCGCGCGGGGCGGCCGGGGACAGAGCGGGGAGCGGCGGCCGCGAGCUGCUGCGGGGGGAGCGGGGGCGCGGAGAGCGGCGAGCGGAGAGCAGAUCGCCACCGGGGUAGGGAGUGCGGGGCCGCGCUCGGGGCCGGCCUGCCUGCUCGCCUGCCUACCCGCCCGCUUCUCCCUGCCCUCCCCCCGCGGUGGGGCGGGUGGUGCGGCCCGGCCCGCGCGUCGCGUUGCCAUGGGUGCGGGCGGCGGGCAUGGCCGGCACUGCGGGGCAGGGAGAGCGGGUGGGUGCCGUGCUGUGCUGUGCUGUGCUGUGCUGUGCUGCUGCGGGUCCAAGAAGAUCUGCACAAGCUUAAAGACCAAGUGAAAAACAUCAGCCUGAAAGGAAACGUGAGAGCCGAGGGUAUUGGCGACCUGGAAACAGCAACUGAAAGAACUGAAUCUGGGCUGAGGAAACACACUGAAAACUAUUUAAGUGCUGUAAGCAGAGAAGUGUUAACUAUUUCUGCUGCUGGCAAUGAAGAAGUACGUUCCAAACAGCUGCCCGGAUGGGGGCUCCCACGUGGUGCUUCUGAGAACCAGCUGGUUUUACCACCGGUGCCUGCUGAGCCCAUGACUGCCCAGGCAUGCAGCAAAGCAGCACUGCGCCUUUCUCCAGGUUCACAGAAGCAGCUGGAAAUGGAUGUGAAGAUUAUGCUUGACCCAGAAAACAUCAAUAAGAAAGCUGUUCUGAAACAACAGGGCUAUGAGACCAGGCUGCCACGUAUAACUAAGAGAAAACCUGCUCCUACAAAUAGUCAGAAGGGAGUGAAGGGCCAUACCACCAGCCAACUCUGGGUUUUGCCUGCCUCUCCUCGUGUGGACUCUCCCUUACCCCUGUUAGAACAAGACAUGAAGAAAGAUAUUCUGAGCCUAACUGAACGAAGGCUUAUCCCUCCAGCAGCAAAGAUAACUUUCCAGACACCUCCUGUUGUAUUCAAAGCAGCUCCUCUCCAUGAGUUCCACAGGCAGCACAAGAAGUCAGCUGUAGGAGAGGUUAGUAGUAAGGUGGAACCUGUGAGUACAGAGCCUUCCGCCUUUCCAAGCUCAAAGGAAGCAAGUGGCGGCUCCUCUAGCAAAGGUAAUACUGCACCACUGCUACCCAGCAGCUCCCUGGAUUCGACCAGAAAAUCAAAGCCAGCGCACGCAUACCCGGCUCAACAGCUUCAGUGUGAGCUGCAGGCUGCACAGACACAGGAUCCAUCCCCUGACUGCGACAUUGCUGUUUACCACGGCACUAUAGACCAGACAGCUCCAGGCUUUCUGGCAUUCAAACAACGUUAUUGUUUGUCCUGGGGGAGCGUUGUCCAUUUUCUGGAACACACAGAGAAGCUUCUCAAGGACUACGCUGUGCCAUUGGCGACGAUAAGCUGUCAGAAGUUGGUGGAAGCGGCAUCGGACUUCGUGCUUAACGAGAACCCCACCAAAAGUGACAUACUGUCAGUCAUAAAGAACCAAUCGACUGUGGAAAAGAUUUUAAAUCGACCUGGCCAAAGAUACAAAGGCCAAGGGGGUCCUGAAAUGGCGGCCGUAAAGAUCCAGGCAACGUGGAGGCGUCACCAGGCCAGGAGGGCCUACGUCCGACUCAGGCAGCAGCAGUGGGCAUCAGGUGUGAUUGCCAUUUCUUGGCUCCUGCGUAGUCACAUGGCACGUGUGAAAAAGAGCCUGAAGGAAUCACGUCAGAGACACCUGGAGAAUUUUUACAUCAGGGCCAAGCAUCUGGCAGCCAACUGGAAUCGCAUCAGGACCUCCAGGAGGACUAUUAUCCAUAUCCCAUCAUUAGGAUAUUCCCAGUGCAUCCGUGAACGCACUCCUGAUCUUGCUCUUCAACAGAACUUGCAGCUGGGAAGGCUGUGCGACAUCCUGGAUGCCAACGUGGACGUCAUCUACAUCUGCCCCCUUCAUCUGAGUGAGGAGUUACUGCAGUAUUACAAUAAACUCCUGGGUCUGCAGGCAGCUGUUAGAUCUGGGAACCCUGAGGACAUGAGUGACCUGCAGGACAGGUUCAGAAUUCUCACCCCUGAAGCUAUAAACAGCUUCCCUAGGCAUCACAUGUGCCUAGCCACUCAGCUGAAGUACAGUCCCAAGACGAUCCAAAGAAUUAAAAUCCUUAUCCAGAGCAGAGAUGCCUACAUUAUCGGAGGGGUUCCCCACAAAGAUGAUUUAGCAGUGGCUGACAUGUUAAAUGUGCCGAUAUUGGGCUCAGUGCCAGAAGUGGCCCAUCUCUAUAGUACCAAGUCUGGAAGUAAACGAAUUUUUGCCAGUGCUUAUGUGCCAACCCCUCCUGGAGAGUCUGACAUCUACAGCCACGAACAGCUGAUCGGUGCCCUCAGCCAGCUGGUUGUGGACAACAUGGAAGUGCGGCGCUGGCUGUUUAAAAUGAACGACGAAUAUGGAGGAAAUGGCACUGCCUUCUGUGAUAUCAUCUUGCAUUUGGAGUGCUACCACUGGGUUCUAAAGGAACGCCAGAAGCACAGCCCUGAGACAUGGAGUAAGAAGUGGGCACACGAGCCAGCUUUGGUGAAGAUCUCCCAGGAGCUGCCGGGCCUUUUAGCACAGCACGUACAGCCAGUCAAUGAGAAACGAUUCCCUACAUGGGAAAAAUUCCUCCAAACAUUUCUUAGUCAAGGUGGUGUGAUAGAAGCCUUCCCGCUCUCAGAAAAUGUCACAAACCUUACAGUGGAUAUGCUGAUAGAGCCAACGGGUGAGAUAAAAGUAGUGUCGUCAGGAGACCAACUCCAUGCUGACGGACCUCUGCGAUCAUCUGGCACUACCAUUCCACAGAGAUCUGUUGAUCCAGCAGUUCUUAAUUCACUUUGCUUAAAAAUUGGAGAAGCCUGUAAAUCUAAAGGAGUGCUUGGUUACUUCUCAGUUGAUUUUGUGACUUUCAUCCAUCCACAAACAAUGGAGCAGCAGGUAUGGGCAACAGACCUUGACCUUUGCUAUAGUGACCAGCUGGCCUUGACUCAGCUCACGUUGUAUGUGUCAGAUGGAAACCUGGAUUGUUGCUCUGGCCUUUCUGAAGUGCCUCUUGGUUCGAGGAAACUGAAAAGCCAAGGCACUCAGCAUAAGGAGACAAAAAUGCCUUCUCCAGGAAGCAGCCGCUGUGCAGUAGCAAGCAGUCAGCUGAGGCACUCCAGCCUUUCAGUCAUCUACUACAGUGUUCUCCUCCAGAUGUGUAAAGCUCAUGGUAUUGGAUUUGACCUCCAGGAAAACCAGGGAACAGUUUUUAUACUGUAUGAUGAUCAGAAGCGAUACAGAUUGGGAAUGAUGAGUCUGCGAGCUGUUGGAGUGGCCCAUCCCCACUUGUGUGAUUUCACUUUAAUUAUUAGCCACGUGCCUUGGAAAAUACAGCCCAUAUGUUAGGGAUAAUGCAUCCUCAGAAGUUGCUCCUCUUGGUAAGAAACACCACCACCUCCUGGAUCACCAGCCUGGGUUGCCAGUCAUAUUAAUAAAUUAGUAAGAACACUGUCACAUAUUUGUCAUAUAUUCUGAUCCUAGAUUGUCUUCCACUAGCUUUCCAGUGUAAUUUCAUUAUCUUAAUGUGGAAUUUUCAAGGAUAUAGCGGUUUGUUAUAAUCUCACUAACAUACCUAAAGCGUCUGUAUAAUCCAUUUUGCUACACUGGAGAUCUGAUGUCAGCUCCAGUUAGCAAACAAGGGACACUGUUCCUCAGAACGAUAUCCUAUUCCAUGACAGUGUGUACUGACAGUCUGUAUGUAGCACUGAGAAACCAAAUCCUCAAAAGGUAAUGUCUAUACUUCUAAAAAAGCUACAGCAAUCUAAGAAAUGCUGACACUGCUGAGAUUCCUGUUAGAUGUCUUUCACAAACUGUAGGCAGAAUUAACAGUUCGUCGAAACUAAUCCAGGUAUUUAAAGUGUUCCGAUGUCUCGCUCCUAACUCAAUGACUGUCUUUUACUUGGAAUAACUGAAACCUUACUGCUUACUUCUGCCGUUGAUUAAUAAAAAUUAUUUAUUACACAAAUCCUUUCUGUUGACAAGUUAAAAUGGAGCCUCAUCUUUCAUAUCUCCCUGAAGAUUGCCACCUUGUGAGAUUGAAAAUCCUCAUUAAAUUCCAUCACCAGACAGGCACAAAUGAGAGGGCGAUUGUUUUUAAGCAUGUGAAGGGAAUCAUUGGUAAACUCAUUUGUU